AUGGAUCGCAUGUAUCAGUUUGCGGUUAUCCAUCAUCAGCGUUGGUGGCCGCAUAAAGGUUGGUCUGACUUUUUGCUACCUCAAGAUCCUCCUACAUGGUGUGAUCCGUCGCUCCAAUCUGUACCUGCCAUUGACCUGUUUUCAUUACCUCCCCCGAUACUCGGUCGCGGUUACUGGUUAUGGGUUGAUCCUACAUGGCAGACCGUCCAAGACGCUGAAACAGACCACGACGGGUGGGAAUAUGCGAAAUGGGACUGGAAACAGUGGUCAUCAAACUCAGCUGGUCUCGCAGCGGUGACACGUCGCAAACGUUAUGUACGGUGUGCUCGCUUUAUUGAAGAUGCGGGCGACAAUGAUAAACUAGAACAAGACAGUAUGGUUGGAGGAAGCGCCAGUACCACACGAAGAUCAUCAUGGUGUACCAAUAAUAGCUACAUCAGCUCUUUCACCACCGAGUCUUCUUCUUCUUUUACCUCCACCAUCGAUUAA